AACUCCCGAAAGAAAAGAGAAAAGGAAAAGGACCCUGCAAAUCGUCGAAAGAGGGUGAAAGAGUGGCUGACGUCGCCAGCGUAGAGCCGACUGUGGCAGUCCUCAUAGAGUGAGAAAACAAAAAAGAAGGGACUCAGCAUUUCUGGCAUUCAUUUUGGCUGUUAUGUGAAAUGGCCAAAACAGUAGUAGACUUGAAAGUUUUCAGACGAUAUACAAGAUCAACAUCAAAAGCGCAAAAUCAAAAUCGUCCACACUCAUCUCUAACUUCAGCCAAAAGAGGUUUGGGUUCAGAUGCCCACGAUCAAAAGCUAAAUCAAAAUCAAAAUCCCCGACACCCAUUUUCCUCUCUAACUUCAACCAAAAGAGGUUUGGGUUCAGAUGCCCACGAUCAAAAGCAAAAUCAAAAUCAAAUUUCCCCACACCCAUUUUCCUCUCUAACUUCAACCAAAAGAGGUUUGGGUUCAGAUGCCCACGAUCAAAAGCAAAAUCAAAAUCAAAUUUCCCCACACCCAUUUUCCUCUCUAACUUCAGCCAAAAGAGGUUUCGGUUCAGAUGCCCACGAUCAAAAGCUAAAUCAAAAUCAAAAUCCCCGACACCCAUUUUCCUCUCUAACUUCAACCAAAAGAGGUUUGGGUUCAGAUGCCCACGAUCAAAAGCUAAAUCAAAAUCAAAUUUCCCCACACCCAUUUUCCUCUCUAACUUCAGCUAAAAGAUCUUUGGGUUCAGAUGCCCACGAUCAAAAGCUAAAUCAAAAUCAAAAUUCCCCACACCCAUUUUCCUCUCUAACUUUAGCUAAAAGAUCUUUGGGUUCAGAUGCCCACGAUCAAAAGCUAAAUCAAAAUCAAAAUCCCCCACACCCAUUAUCCUCUCUAACUUCAGCCAAAAGAUCUUUGGGUUCAGAUGCACAAAAUCAAAAUCAAAUAUCCCCACACCCGUUUUCCUCUCUAACUCCAGCCAAAAGAUGUUUGGGUUCAGCUUCAACAUCAUCUGCUCAAAAGCCCCAAACCCCCUUUUCCUCGCAACCUUCUGCCAUUGUCUCUGCCACUGAAAAAACUGUGUUUUUGAAAGAUUGGUGGCUGAUAAAGGUCAAUGGCAAGGGCUUGGCUGUUGGAGGCUUUGCUUGGAGAUUGGGUCUAGGAGUAAGAGAAUAUAACUCUCCAGUAAUUUUAAAGAGACAUUGUGCCACCACUCUGGAGACGUCUGAUGGCAUGACAAUUUCAAUCGAUGGUUCAUUGAAUAUGUCACGGACUCAUCAGAAUGGGUUUCCAUAUGAGGUAUGCGUUCAAUUUCUUCAUGGCUUUCCGUAUAACUGGGAGGAGCAUGCCGAUCUAGAUGUCUCGAAAGGGACUUGUGCUGCUGCCAAGUCCAACAUACUUUUGGCAAAAAGCGAGAAUAAUUCGUUGCCAUCUUUGAAUGAUCUCCCUGUGAGCGCGGUACGCGAUUAUUUGCUGUCAACUUUGGGACACUCUGAUGAUGAUUUGCUCAUUCAGAACAUCUACAAUGAUAUGCCCGGAACGUCGAGGAACGAAACUUCCGAGAGUUCCGGUGUGUCAAUGGAUUCAAAACCCAAAAGAAAGCGGUCGGCUUCAAAACCCAAAAGAAAGCGGUCGGUUAAGGAGGAAUCCUGGGCUAGAUAUAUUCCAACUGCACAAGACAGGAGUGUUGGUGUUUGCACAAGAAGCAUGUCUAGAAGAAAAUGAUCCAUGAAAGUUAAUCUAAGAGUUGGAAGACAAGAAGUAGGAGGAUGAAAUGCUAUGUAAAUGAUGUGGAUGUUGUCUUAUAAUAAGGUCGUCUCUUUACUCCAUUCUUAAUCUCGGAAUGGUCGGGACGCUAAGAUCUCUCCCUCCUAUUCGUUCGUGCUUCACACUUGUGAAUCACUUUACUCGUUAAUUUAUUCUUUUCUUUUAAGUUUCAGGGAGGAUGUAGCUGCAAUUGAGACUGUAGUUGAAGUUCUCAGUCCUUUGAAGAUUGAUUUGACCUCGAGUCCCUGACCUUGAGCAACUCUUUAUCGUGAGAAAUUCUGUUGACUGGCUCACGUAGUACUAGAUAGAUACUUGACUUCCUUCAGCUUUCAAGACAGGAAAAACAUUCCCUAGAAAAUGACUGACUUUCAAGAAACGCUCUUAAGAAGUAAGUGCCACCAUCCAACACUAUGGACUUUUGGUCGAUUCACUGAAAUUUCUUUAUCAACUAAAGAAUGUAGAGUGACUUGACAAUCACUAAGGGUACUUUUAGUCUUAAUAGCACUCCAUGCUUUAUUAUCCAAAUUUCGAAAAAUACAAUCUUUGACAACAUUCACACGUUGAAUAGUUUAAAAUCCUUAAUAUGUACUGUAAUUUCUAAUACAAAGUAUUAGAC